AUAAAAUGUGGAAAACAAACAUUUUCUUCAUCUUCGUCCUCGUAGUUUGGCGCUGAAAGUCGGGUAGUGGUUUAUUUUGAAAGAAAUGCAAGUAGACUUCCUGCGGCGGCUAAACUCACCUUAACACUUCCUGUUUGUGCUCGGUGUCACCUCGUCUGUCGUCCGGGUGAUCGGUGAUGCUGCUACCGCUGCUGCAGAGAUGGAGUUGAAGACCCAAAAUACCGAACUGGCAGCUGGAGUUUGAGACAAAGGUGACGCCCAGCGGAUCUUUGUAGGGUUCUCGUCUUCGCAAAGAGAGGAGGAAGUUGAAAGAUGAAGUUGUUGAAGCCGAGCUGGGUGAGCCACAACGGCAAGCCCAUCUUCUCUGUAGACAUUCACCCAGAUGGAACCAAAUUUGCAACCGGUGGCCAAGGGGAGGAUUCUGGGAAGGUGAUGAUCUGGAACAUGGCGCCUGUCCUCCGAGAGGAAGAUGAGAAGAACGAGAAUAUUCCCAAAAUGCUUUGCCAGAUGGACAAUCAUCUAGCGUGUGUAAACUGCGUGCGCUGGUCCAACAACGGGCUGUACCUGGCGUCGGGAGGAGACGACAAGCUGGUCAUGGUGUGGAAAAGAGCGGCGUUCAUCGGUCCCAGCACCGUGUUUGGGUCAAGCAGCAAACUGGCCAACGUGGAGCAGUGGAGAUGUGUCACCAUCCUGAGGAACCACACUGGAGACGUGAUGGACGUGGCGUGGUCUCCUCAUGACGUGUGGUUGGCCUCCUGCAGCGUGGACAACACCAUCGUCAUCUGGAACGCUCGCAAAUUCCCAGAGAUGGUGGUGUGUCUCCGGGGGCACACGGGCCUGGUCAAGGGCCUGACGUGGGACCCGGUGGGCAAGUACAUCGCCUCGCAGGCCGACGACCACAGCCUGAAGGUGUGGCGGACGGUGGACUGGCAGAUGGAGGCCAACAUCACCAAGCCUUUCAACGAGUGCGGCGGCACCACCCACGUCCUGCGUCUGUCCUGGUCCCCCGACGGACAGUACCUGGUGUCGGCUCACGCCAUGAACAACUCGGGACCCACGGCCCAGAUCGUGGAGCGGGACGGCUGGAAGACCAACAUGGACUUCGUGGGACACAGGAAAGCUGUCACGGUGGUGAAAUUCAACCCCAAGAUCUUCAAGAAGAAGCAGAAGAACGGCAGCGCCCCCAAGCCCGGUUGUCCCUACUGCUGCUGCGCCGUGGGCAGCAAAGACCGCUCGCUCUCCGUCUGGCUGACCUCUCUGAAACGCCCCCUGGUGGUCAUCCACGACCUGUUUGACAAAUCCAUCAUGGACAUUUCCUGGACGCUGACAGGUUUGGGCAUGUUGGUGUGUUCUAUGGACGGGACCGUGGCCUACCUGGACUUCUCCUUGGAUGAACUGGGAGACCCGCUCAGCGAGGAGGAGAAGAACACCAUCCAUCAGAACAUCUACGGCAAGAGUCUGGCCAUCACCAGCACGGAGGCGCAGCUCUCCACCACCAUCAUCGAGAACCCGGAGAUGCUCAAGUACCAGCAGGAGAGGCAGAACUCGGCCCAGAGUAACACCGUGCCGACGGCCGCCGCCACAGAGUCCUCCACCCCCAAACUCAACAGCAUGAUGAACGGAGAGUCUCUGGAGGACAUCAGGAAGAACCUCCUGAAGAAGCAGGUGGAGACCAGAACCCCCGAUGGCAGAAGACGGAUCACGCCGUUGUGCAUCGCUCAGCUGGACACCGGGGACUUCUCGCCCGCGCUCUUCAACAGCGUUCCCAUCCUGCCGUCCUCCUUGUCCAACCAGCUGCCCCCCCAGCUGAGCUCCGACUCCAGCCCGGCACAGGCUCCGCCCUCCUUGGGGCUCAGGCCCGGCCACGACCCCAUGCUGGCCCUGCCGCCGCCUCCGCCCAACAUGGCUGCCGCCAAGGGCCUGGAGGACAACAAGGACGCCCUCAAGUCCAGCCUGCUGCUGACGUCCGCGUCCAAGAUCGAGCCCAUGAAGGCGCUGGACUCCAGGUUCACCGAGAGGUCAAAGGCCACGCCGGGCGUCACGUCCGCCAUCGCCUCCACCACGGGCCUCACGCCCCUCGACAGGCCUAAAGACGUGGCCUCCGUCCUGAAAGACGUGAAAUCCAAGGAAGACACCAGCAGCGACAGCGAGGACAAGAUGGCCGCCAUCAACAAGAACUUGUGCAAAAGGAAACCCGAGCUGCUGCUGAUGGACGCCGCCGAGGUGGUGGAGAAGAGGAAGAAGGGGCGGCCCAGGAAAGACAAGAUGGCCCCGCCCAUCGCCCAGCCCUUCACGCAGAUUACGCCAACCCCCGAGCGGGAGUCCCUCAGGAUGGUGGCGCCGUCCCCAGCGCCGCCGCCGACCGUCCUCAGGCUGCCGACGCCGAGCAUCCAGACGUCCUUCAGCCUGCAGGUGAGCAUGGAGCCGCCGGUGUCGCUGGAGGUGGAGAACGAGGUGACGGCGGUGGCGGGUUCCAGGCUGAGCCAGCUGCGCUGCUCCCGAGACGGACGCGAGUGGAGCACGCUGCUGCCCAGCUCCGUGGUCGCCGCGGCAGGAAGCAGUGACGUCCUCGCCGUCGCCUGCGAGAACAGGAUGCUGUCCGUCUUCUCCUCCUGCGGCCGCCGCCUCCUUCCGUCCAUCCAGCUGGCGGCGCCCGUGUCGGCCCUCAACUGCGCCGCCCACUUCGUCAUGGCGCUGACGGCCGGGGCGACGCUGUCCGUGUGGGACGUCCACAAGCAGAAGGUGCUGGUCAGGAACGAGUCGCUCAUGACCAUUUUGUCAGGUUCUGAGGCGACCGUGUCCCAGUCCCUGCUGACUCAGCAGGGCGUCCCCGUCAUCGGUCUGUCCAACGGGAAGUCCUUCUGCUUCAGCUCGUCUCUGGAGACGUGGACCCUCAUAGCGGAUCGAGGAGACUGCCUGGUCCAGUGUGCCGACUUCAGGAGCUGCCUUCCCACCCAGGACACCGCAGGCUCCUCGGGGCCCCUGGCCACCAUGCAGGGACGCAACCUCAACGCCGGUCGCAUGGCGUCCCGCCUCUCCGCCACCCCGCACCACCUGCAGCAGGGCAUGACCCUGGCCUUCCUGGAGAACCAGCUGGCCUCGGCGCUCACCUUGCAGUCGGCGCAGGAGUACCGCUACUGGCUGCUCAUCUACGCCCGCUUCCUCGUCAACGAAGGCUCAGAGUUCAGACUGCGAGAACUUUGCAAGGAGCUGCUGGGUCCUGUUCACCGGUCAGCAGGGACCGCAUGGGAGACCACCACCCUGGGCCUACGUAAGCGGGAGCUGUUGCAGGAGGUGUUGCCCGUCAUCGGGGGGAACCUGCGAUUCCAGAGACUGUUCACCGAGUACCAGGACCAGCUGGAGCUGCUGCGGAGCAAAUAGCCCCCCCCCGCCCCCAACAACGGCCUCGUCUAUGCACCUCCCCCCCCCCCCCCCAUCAUCAUCCUCGCCAUCAUCUCAGCAAUACGCUCCGACCAAAGCCACGCCUUCCCAUGCUCAGAAGGAGUCACUCUUCUAAGCUCCUUCAAAGUAAAGCUCUCAACACGCGGAGGGAAAAAAACCACGACCUUCAAGCGACCUCCACCCGGGAGAAGCCUUUUUUAUUCUUCUUCUUAUUUUUCUUCCACGUCAUUGGAAUCAUGUGAUGAACCCGAGCGCCAUCAUGCUUUUACUGUGAAGGUGGAAGGAACGCAACGCUCUCCUGUUUUAGAGGAGUUGAGUCAGUCGCCAUCUUGUGUGCAAAGAAUCCACUAGGACCCCCUGCCCCCGUCCCCCCUUCCCCACGUGUAAAUAAGAUGAAAUCAACACAAUGCACCGUGACGAGCCUCCUUUGCUUUUUCUUUGUCUUUCUGUGUGUGUGUGUGUGUGUGUGUGUUUCUCUCUUGGCCCGUGAGUCGUUUUUUCAUGUGUACAUUUAUUUGGUUUUCUAUUUGAAAGAAGCAGAGAGAAAAUAUUACUUUGGCUGAUGAAGAAGAAAAUAUUAAACAUUUGUUUUUUUGCUAUUUUCUAGUGUUUGACUUCCUGUCCACAACGAUCUACUUCCUGUGACCACGACGCCAUCUUCACUGAAGCAGUAAGUGUUAGUGAUACUAAUGACACUUUGUGUGCAUUAGGAGACCCGCUGUGAUCUUCAGAGGGACUAACAGCGCCCCCCGGCGGUGGACGAGGUGAACUGCAGACAGCUAAUGCUCAGUCAUUUAUUGGAGAUGUCAGCAAUAGAUCACCAUUGGUAAGAAUGACAGCUACUGUCUAUGCCACAUUCCAGUCACUAAAUAGACACGUCAUCUUCCUCUGCCCUGGGGGGUCACAGGUUGGCGCUGGAGCCGAUCCAGUGUCGUAUGAGCUGGUGGGCGAUGGUCUGUUUGGGAGGGAGGACGAGGCCCCCGCCGGACCCUCUGAGCAGCGCCUCCGUCACCUGCCGUCACACGUACAUCAGCGCGUCAGCACCGGGACAGCUCCACGUGUCUAAAGCAGGUACUAGCGGGGUCAAAGUUCACGUCGCCUUGGUGUCCCACACCUCAGUGGGACUCCCAACUUUCAACCUCAUCACGCAUGAUCUAUUAGCCAACAUUUCUACUUGCUGAAGCUUCAACUCCCUCGUGUGGCGGAAAGGCGCACUGCAAGCCCGUAUUACCUUUGCUAGCGUCAAGCCCAACUCCAGAUAAACAUAUUUUUUAACAGUCAAAACAUUAUAAGAAACAGAAAAGGUUGUCAUUUUUGGAAAAAUUAGGUUGCAGAAAUGAAAAUAAAAUGCAGUUUUAUGAGAAUAAACAAUAUUUUGUGGAAAUUUUAGUAGCGUAGAGUUGACAUAUAUUACUUUUAAUGUGGUAAUAUGAGAAACAAAAAAAGUCAGAAUAUGAGGGGAAUUCAAGUCAAAAUAUUACAAGAAGAAAGUUGAAAUAUUUGGACGAUUUAAAGAAAAAAAUGCAAUUUGGCAAAAAUAAACUAUUCAUAUUAGAAGGAAAAAUAAUGUCAUUUUAGUAGCAUAAAUAUAAAAAAGAUAAGUCAGAAUAUUAUGGGAAUAAAGUCCAAAUCUUACAAGAACAAAAUUCACUAAAAAAAAGUUGAAAUAUUUGGAAAAUUAAAAGAAAAUAACAGCAAUUUAAAAAAAAAUUAAUCUUACAGGAAAAUAUUUUUUUGAAAUUUGCAUUAUAAUAAAAAAAUUAGCAAUUUUAUAAGAAUGAGGUCAUAAUAUUAGGAGGAAAAAUAUUAUUUUAGUAGAAUAGGCUUGAAAUAUUCAAUAAAGAAAUCUGUGCAUACCGACUGCAAGCUUACUAACGUGUUUGUUAGCGGUGCUUCUCUAACCAGGGGUGUCCAAAGUGCGGCCCGGGGGACAGUUUCAGCCCAUAGCUCUUAAUGAAAUAAUUUUAACGUUCAUUUCACAAGAACGCAGUCAAAAUAUGAAUAGAAAAAAAACAUAAUUUCACAAAAACAAUUAUUUACAGCCCUCUAGAAACAUAUUUAAAUAUUUUAGUAGCAUGACAAUGAAAUAUAAAAGAAAAAAAAUGUUAUGAGAAACAUUGCCACAAUAGAAAAAGUCCAAAUAUUAUGUGAAAAAAUGUGAAAUAUUAUGAACAAAAUAAUUUGGGGGAGAAAAAGGAGCAGAAAUGAAAAAAAAAAUCAAUAAAUUAUACAAAGAAAAAAGUCCAAAUAUUUAGAUAAAAUUAUAUUCUAAUGGGUUGAAAAUUUACGACAAUAAACAUGUAAUAUUUUGUGGGAAAAUAAAGUAUUUUAAAGUAGAAAUAUUCAAGGAAAAAUGUAAAAUGAGAAACCUUAAACAAUAGAAUAUUGCCAGAAUAAAUUCCAAGAGGGGGGGGGCACAGAAAUGGUUUUUGUUUUUUAACAAUGAUAAAGAAAAAGAGUGAGGUUUUGGGUUGGGGCAGACGUACCUGUUGCCGCGGGAACCAUCGUGCAUCCUCAAUCUCCUGGUGGUCCACCCUGACGUCUGUCGUCACGGCGACGGCCAGGCAGCCAAUCAUGAGCUGCGAGGGCAUGGGCCACGGUUGGCACGACACGUAGCGGACCGCCCCCGCCCUCACGCCGCUUUCCUCCUCCACUUCCCGCCUCACCGCCGCCUCCAGCGUCUCACCUGCCGAGACGCCAGGGUGGGGGCGUUUCACCUGUCACCUGCGUGUGUGCGUGUGCGUGCGUGUCGCCCUUUGCGGGGCGUCUUACCGGGCUCAACAAAUCCGGCCAGGCAGGAGAACAUUCCCUUGGGAAAGACGUUCUUCCGGCCCAGCAGACACUGGUUUCCGUCCGGAUGGACGACCAGCAUGAUGACCACCGGGUCUGAAACACACUGGCGGUCAAUCGUGUCACGGGGGUGUGCAAAGACUGUGAAGCGGGGCCGGGUACCAACGCGGGGGUAGCAGGUGUUGUGAACCCCCUGCAGGCUCUUGCAGGCGGAGUCCCGGCAGCUCCUCUUGUGGCCGCCCUCCUCGGCCCGGGUGGCGCUCCCACAGGUGGGACAGAAGGCGUAGCGGGCGUGCCACGCCAGCAGCGACCGGGCGGGCGCCAGCACGCCUGGAAAGGAGGAGGUUGCGUCAUCUCAGUCAUCAGUCCGGCGGCGACUUCCUCACCGGCGUCUUCCUCGCUGAGCGUCAGCAGGUCUCUGCGGGGCAACUUCGGGAAGGAGCACUUCCUUCCGGAGCAGCGUUGAAGGAGCGCGGCGGCGUCCUCGUCUGUACCGAUGGCGAACCAGGCGGGCGCUUCGGCUUUGCUUCGCUCCACCCCCAGGAAGACCACCAGGGCGUCCUCCCUCUGGAGAAGAUCUUUGACGGCGUCGUAGUUGAGGCGACACAGCUAAGGGUGAGAACAUGAAAACGUGAAGCCGCCCUUUAAAAUAAAUGCUACAGGUUCCUGACCUCCACGGCGCCAUCUUCCCGGGGGGCGCCGACCAUGGGACUGAGACCAGAGAAGAGGAGGAAGACCGAGUCGGGGUGCGUCUUCUUGGCCUCUAGCCAAGCGGCGUCGGUCCUCUUGGCGCUGAAGCGGUCCAGCGUCUCGCGGCUGAAGUAGUUCUCAUGCGGGCCGGGGUGGUCCUGGGGCCCGCCCAGCAGGACCGACAUGUGCUUGUGCCCCCAGAAGCGAGCGACGUCGUAGGCGGUCUGUGAAGAGCUGUUCACCGCCCACCUGUCGCAGCUUGGACACGACAAGGAGAAGCGGCGAUGACAAGAUGGACGCUCGGGAGGAGGAAAGGCGUAAAGGCGUCCUACCCGUGUGACAGCAGCACCUCCGCCGCCUGCUGAUGGCCGUUGCGGGCGGCCAGCAUCAGCGCCGUCCAGCCGCUCCGCCCCGCCCGGUUGAGUAGCGAGGGGACGUGAGACAGCAGCGAGGACACCUGAGCGGCGUCUCCUCUGGACGCCGCGUCCAGGAACUUCUCCACCAUCUCCUCCUCGGCGCUCAGCUGCCAGCUCGUCAUUCUGGAGGAAGGACACGACAUUAGGAGUAGAAGGUGAGGACGCUCUGGUGGUUUCCUCGGACCAACAGCAGAGGUGGAAGAUCCUUGGACAGCGUUUCAAGCCAGCACAUGUAGAGGGCGCUAGACACCGCCCCCUUCCUCGCCAGGGGCAUUGUCCUGUCAAGCAAUCAAGAUACUUCAUUAGGGGAUGACGUCACACGGCAGAGAGACUUUGGGAGCGCUGACCAGCGAGGCCAGAGCUGACGACAGCGUGGCCGAGAAGAUCCCUGCCGUGAUGAGAGGACCAAAGGCCGACACCAAACUCAUCACCUGUGAAGAACCACACCUUGUUACCUCCACCACGGACACAAAGGCAAGAUCUUAGCGCCUUGCUGAUGGCGAAGUCGUAGCCCAGCGUGCAGGCGGCAUCGCUGCAGUUGACCGUGUCGCUCAGCGUGUCGUUGAGGUCGCCCGUGGCGUCCCUGACGAUGCAAGACCCUGAAAGACGGAAGGACGGUGCCAGUGGGCGUCAUGUGUCCAGGAUGCGUGAUGAUGUCCCUGUGGGCCAACCUGCCGAGAUGGCCACGCCCACAUAGGUGAUGCCUGUGAUGACGAUGGCGAGCAGCGUCCCCUUGGGGAUGGCCGACUGAGGGUCCUUGAGGAUGGACACCACACAAAGGUUCAAACCGGUGGUCUUUCCUGAGAAGAGGUUUGGAACCCACCAUCAGGUCUCCUGAGAUGUUGGCUCCCGCCAGGAUGCCCGUGGCCGCUGGGAAGAAGAUGGCGAACAUGGAGAAGAAGGUCUCGUCUUCUCUGAAGUCCGGACCCAGGUUCUCCACAAAGAUGGCCGCUGCGGUGAAUACGGUAAAUAAAAGAAGGAGACACGGCAACAACAUGAAGACGUUUGCGGACGGACUUUGGUAUCCAAAGAACCCUUUGGGCUUCUUGUCUUCCGUGGCCAUGAAGCUUCCGAUGAAGUAAUUCCCGAUGGCUCCCAGCAGGAUGACCAGCAGCACCAUCUGAGCCUUGGCCUCCCACUCCAUCCCGGCCACUGAGAUUCCCAGCAGCAGGAUGACGGUCAGCGUUCCCACGAUGCGGAUGUCGUUCAGCUCGUCCGUCAUCAGCGCGUCCACGUCCUGCCAGGAGAAACGGGUCAGGACAGGAAGCGGACUUGGCGCACCGCCUCCCAGCCAGCGUUUCUCACGUUGAGCAUCUCCACCACCGUCUCGGCGAAGCCCACCACGUACAUGGCCACGGCCACCGCGUUGGCGAAGGCGAAGAUGAGCCCGAUGGAGCCGCCGAACUCCGGACCCAAGCUCCUGGAGAUCAGGUUUCUGAAUUCCACCAUGUUUAUUGGGGUCCAUUCAUCCAUUCACGCGUAUCGUACCGAUGCCAGCCUGUCCAACAAUCCAGGACAUCCUGAUGAAGAGCAUCACGCCCCAGAUGUUGAGCAUGCAUCUCACCUGCAACACACCACACCUGCUCAGCCAAUCACAGAGCUCCACCCGUUGUUGAAGACCACCAACAAAAGGACGCCUUUCACCCAACCGAACUUGACCGUUCCUCCUUUGGCCUCCUUCGCCGCCCUCGCCGCCGCCUCCUCGGCCGCCGAUGACUCCUCUCCGUUGGCCAUCCCGUCCUCCAGGGGGUCCUGGAGAGUCCCCGGGGCGCAAGAACGUGAGUGGACGACAUGUUUAAAGCUUCGCUAGCUCGUUAGUGAAACAUCAUUGUCCGGCCGCAGACAGUCACACGACCGGGGGGGGGGGUGACGACACAAAGCUUGGUGUGUCCCCCCCUGGGUCAUGCCCCCGGUGAUGUCAUGAUGCAUCCCACACAUGAAGGUAGGAGUGGAGGGAAUGUUGUCUUCACUCAUUCACUGACUGACUUGUUUAUAUCCUCACGCUACGCAGGACUAGUAAUACACUCGUUAAGUUCAUUACCACACGGUCAUUAUCUUACAUUACAUAACUCUAUGACCCCAAUCCUAACCCUAUGGUACCCUACCCCAGCCCACCCCUAAACAUGUAUAUAUAUAUAUUGUAUACUACAGCGUGUGGUGGGUGGCUUUACUUUGUCCAGCUCGUCGUGAAGUUCUGCCAGAGAAGGUCUGUUCAUCUUCUCGGCAAGCGGCGCCUCGGUCUGCCGGUAAAAGUCGAUGUUGGGCACGGCGUCGAUGGUGUUGUGUCCAAAGGUCCUCAUGUAGUACGUGUUGGAGUGCGUGUCCGACAUCUGGGUCUGGCCCGUCCCGGUGGAGUGCAAGCUCACCGAGUCGCUGCGCACGGAGUCCGGCUCGUGGCUCACGUCCGGCGGGAGCCCGAUGUCGGCCGCGCUGUCCAGCGCCCCCGGGUCCGUGAAGCCCACCCUGAAGCGUCCUUUGGACUCCUCGGAUGUUCUGGAUCCAUCCGUGCAGGUCUGAGGGCCCUCGUUGACCACGUCCACGUGGAAGCGGCUCUCUGCUGGAGCGCCGGUGCCGGACUUCUGCCCUGACAUGUCACACGCUACCAAGAACUGAGGUCCAACACCAGGUCCAGGUCCAGGUCUCUGAAUGUGGAUUUGGAACA